CCCCUUGCGAUAUAAUCGCCACGACUCUCCAACCAACCGCCCCACAUUUAUAGCCAGCGCCGUAAAGUCAACAAGAUGGUAAAUUUGGGUGAUGUCUUUCCGAAUUUUGACGCAGAUACGACGAGUGGGAGAAUAAACUUUCACGAAUGGUUGGGUAAUGACUGGGCCAUAUUAUUCUCUCAUCCGGCGGACUACACACCUGUCUGUACAACAGAAUUAGGACGAGUUGUUAAACUAGUUCCUGAAUUCCAGAAACGCAAUGUUAAGUUGAUUGCCUUGUCGUGUGAUGAUGUCAACAGCCAUAAUGGAUGGGCUAAGGAUGUAUUAAGAUUUGCUGAAGAUAAAUCGGGUACUCUACCCUACCCUAUCAUCGCUGAUACAGAUAGAAGUUUGGCCGUAAAGCUAGGAAUGGUUGAUCCAGAUGAAAGAGAUGCCGCUGGAAUGCCGCUAACUUGUAGAGCUGUAUUUAUAAUUGGACCAGGUAAAAAGUUAAAACUAUCCUUGCUCUACCCAGCUACAACAGGUCGCAAUUUCGAUGAGAUAUUACGUGUUGUCGACUCGUUACAAUUAACAGCUACACAUAAAGUGGCCACUCCUGUAGAUUGGAGGCCUGGUCAGGAAUGUAUGGUAGUGCCAAGUGUGUCCAAGGAAGAUGCUGCUAAACUGUUCCCUAAGGGAGUAAAGACAGUGGAGGUACCAUCGGGAAAGAGUUAUCUUAGAUUCACACCAGCACCUUAAAGAUAUGAUUUUUACCUACAUCUGUUAAACUUUUAUAAUAAAUAGUUGAUAGUUAAUAGCAUAAUUGUAGUUUUAUGGUGAAAGGAGACAGAAACCGUAUUAUUUUUAAUCUUGUUUAGCUUAAAGAUUUCUUUUAAAAAUAACAUUAAUACCAGUAUUAUAUGUAUACAAGAAUGCGCUGGUGUCGGAAAGGCUGACUAGCUUUUACCAUUUGUUAUUGAUCUACAACUCAAGAUAGUAUUAGAACUCACCGAUUAUUAUUUUGAUGUUUUGUUCUUCGUGUGGCGUUCCAGUAGAGCGACCUUUGUAUAAAUGUUUAGCCGUUGUGCGUUUUGAAAUUAAAGAAUUGUGGACCAUUAAAGUUUGUUUUUUUAGUCUAUUGUUAAUUUCUGAAUAUUAUCAUCUGUCCACCUCUAUACAGGGAAAAACUUGUAUAAUAUGAUCACGUAUCCAUCGAGGAGAUGAGUCAAAUAGGAUUCAUGAAUUACAUCUGUUGCUUUUUUUGUUAUUAUGCUGGUUAGAUUAAAAUAUAUAUUAUUUUCUAUAA